AUGGUCAAUUUCUUCCGCCAAUUCUUCUAUUUUCACCGACAUCACUGGACGCGCUUCAAAAUGAAGACUUUCCUCAACUUCACCAAGCACACCCGGUUUUUCGACAAAAAACCGCUUUUUCUCACAAUUUCCUCGGCUUCUGCCAUUUUUUCGUUCCAAAAACAUGGGAUUUGUGAGGAGAGGAUAAAGGAAUGCCAGAAUUGUGAGAGUGAAUUUGGUGAGUUCGAUUUUUUGAGCUCAAAAAUGACCCAAAAUCGUCAUUUUCUCAGAAAAUUUCAUGAAAAACUCACAAUUUUUGACGAAAUUCACGUUUUCUAGUCAAUUUCGACCCACUGAGCACAAUUCCGAUGUCAAAAACCACUUAGCUCAACUCUGCAUCGAGUUAUGACGUGGCAAACUUUUAUAGCUAAGGGUUUUCUUUGGAAAAUAUGUUGUAAGUCAAAUUUUCCAAAGAAAAACCUUAGCCAUAAAAAUUUGCCACGUCAUAACUCGAUGCAGAGUUGAGCUAAGUGAUUUUUGACAUCGGAAUUGUGUUCAGCGGCUCGGAAUUGACUAGAAAUCAUGAAUUUCGUCAAAAAUUGUGAAUUUUUCAUGAAAUUUCUGAGAAAAUGACGAUUUUCCUGCAAAAUUUCUCAUUUUCGAGCUCAAAAUCUGAUUUUCACUGCUCCCGAGCUCAAAAAUCACUUCCAGGCCGAAUAUUUUGGUCUGGGAGCUCAAAAAAUGCUCGCGGAGCCAGAAAAUCGAUUGAAAACCUCGAAUUUCAUCAAAAUUUCGUCGAGAUCACUGGAAAAAUUCAAUUUUUGAGCUAAAAAUCAAAUUUUCAUGUUCCUGGAGCUCAAAAAUCACUUCCAGGCCGAAUAUUUUGGUCUGGGUUGCUCCAAAAUCUCAUGUUUGUGCUCCUGGAGCCAGAAAAUCGACUAAAAACCUAGAAUUUCAUCAAGAUUUCGCCGAGAGCACCUGAAAAAUCCAGAUUUUGAGCUAAAAAUCAAAAUUUCAUGCUCCCGGAACCGAAAAAUCACUUCCAGACCUAAUAUUUUGGUCUGGGUUGCUCAAAAAUGCUCGCGGAGCCAGGAAAUCGACUAGAAACGUAGAAUUUUAUGAAGGUUUCGUCGAGAGCACCUGAAAAAUCCAAUUUUUGAGCUCAAAAUCAAUUUUUCAUGCUCCCGGAGCCAAAAAAUCGACUAAAAACCUAGAAUUUUUCCAGAACAUCGCAAAAAUCCCGGACACGGUUGGGAAUUGCUCUACGAGGAAAAAGAUAUGCUAGCGUUCCGCCGCAAAAUCACGGGACCCUACGAAAUGUACGAAUACAAAUGUGUUGGCACCUACUACGACAUUUCGCCGCGUACAUUUCUCGACGCCCAAAACGACAUCAAUUAUCGACGUGAAUGGGAUGAGAAUAUCGUGUCGAUUGAUGUUGUACAAGAGGAGAAUGAGAAUGAGGUAAGCGGAAAGCCGCGCGGAAACCUGCGGAAACCAUGCGUUUUGUUGCAGCUGAUUCGAUGGGUCUCCAAAUUCCCCUAUCCACUUUAUCCACGCGAAUAUGUGUAUGUUAGAAGGACGUGGGUGUCGGACGAUGAUAAAUAUGCGGUUGUGGAUAGCGAAGCGGUGCUACCGGAGGUAAGAGCGAUGCGGAAGCCUGCGGAAGCUUGCGGAACGUUGUUGAACGACUACGUUUCAAAGUCCAGCAACUUGGUAUUACUUUCCGCUUCGCGGAAGCAUGCGGAAAAGGUCCCCCGAUUUUCUCAGCUCAUUAA